AUGUGGAUUGCAGGCCUGGACUCUCUCAUGCUUGAUUUGUAUGCACUUGAAGGAUUUGAACAAUACUGCUCUGAGAUAUUAUGUGCUCAAACAGCUCCGUUUAAUAUUUCAGCUCCAUCCAUGAGCUACAGUUGCUAUGGUGAUAUAAGUGCUCUUCAAGCCCCCACGAUCUCCUGUACACCUGUAAGAGCCUCUGAUUGUGCAGGAUAUGCCAUGAUACGGAGGACUGCUGAGGCAGACCUCAUACGCCUGAGGAGAUACGAGAUCCCAAUUAAGAGAGUAGCCAGAAACCUCUGCUUGGACCCAGCACUCAUCGGAGCCAUCAUGUCCCAGGAGAGCCGUGUCGGCCUGCUCCUGGACAACGGCUGGGACCAGGGACGCCAGAAGUACGGCCUGAUGCAGAUCAGCAGGCAGCAACUGCAACCUUAUGUGGCGUGGGAUAGUGAAGAACACAUAAAUCAAUGCUCAAAUAUCCUGGUUCUUUCCAUUAAUGAAGUACGGGCAAGACAUCCCACCUGGACCUGGGACCGGCAGCUGAGAGGGGGAAUCUGCACCUACCAUGCAAGAAUGGGCAACCUCCAGGUCUACGAGGAGGACCCAUGCAGCAGCGACUACAACUACGUCAACAGCGUGAUUAGGCGAGCCCAGUACUUUAAGAGAAACGGGUUCUAG